AUGGCAGAUAAUCACUCCCACUUCCAACACCUUUACUUCAUCCUAACUGGAAUUCCUGGCCUUGAAGAAAACUAUUACUGGAUGGCAUUCCCACUGGGUGUUAUAUAUGUCAUUGCUCUUUGUGGCAAUAGCAUCAUUAUCUCUACCAUCAAGUCUGAAUCUUCCCUGCACAUCCCGAUGUACUUCUUCCUGUGUAUGCUGGCAUUGGCAGACCUGGGACUUACCCUUUGUGCUUUGCCCUCUAUGCUAGGCUUAUUCUGGUUUAACUACAAGUCCAUUGCCUUUGAUGCCUGCCUUGUCCAGAUGUUCUUCAUCCACAGUUUAUCAGCCACUGAGUCUGGGGUGCUGGUGGCUAUGGCCUUUGAUCGGGUGGUGGCAAUCAGGAAUCCCCUCAGGUAUAGCACUAUCUUAACCAACGGUGUGGUCUGCAGAACUGGUGCCGUCAUCUUGUCAAGGGCAGUCUGUGCCGUCUUUCCUGUGCCUUUCCUCAUCAAGCGACUCCCGUUCUACCGCUCAAACAUUCUCUCCCACUCCUUCUGCCUCCACCAAGAUGUCAUGCGCCUGGCUUGUGCGAGCACCCGCGUCAACAGCCUUUAUGGCCUCACUGCUGUCAUCUUCACCAUGGGUUGUGACUCUCUGUCCAUCCUCCUCUCCUAUGUGUUUAUACUCCGCACAGUAACAGCCAUAGUCUCAGGGGAGGGCCGGCUGAAGGCACUCAACACCUGUGUGUCACAUAUCUGUGCUGUCCUCAUCUUCUACGUGCCACUCAUUGGAGUGUCAGUCAUCCAUCGCUUUGGAAAGCACUUGUCACCACUGACUCAUGCUCUUAUGGCCAAUGCCUUCCUCCUUGUACCUCCUGUGCUAAACCCCAUAGUCUAUACCGUGAAGACCAAGGAGAUACGAAGGAAGAUCAUCCAGAUAUUUGUUCGAACUAAGAUUGCUGCAGAGAGUUAG